AUGCCGACGCAUGGGCGAGUGGCGAGCAGGCGCCUGGUGAAGGCCUCCGAUGCCUCCAUUGAGCCGCAUGUCGUCGCCUUCUCCAACCUCGACCUUCUCAAUGACGUUCAAAUGUCAAUGACAUGCGUCUAUCCCAGACCUUUGUUGGGCGACUUCAACGGCGUUGUUGCGGCUUUCGAGGCUCAGUUGCCAUCAUUCCUCAACUACUUCUUCCACUUGUCCGGCCGAAUCAUGCGCAAUCCAAGCUCUGGCCUUCCCGAGCUCCGCUGCCACAACCAAGGCGCGGAGCUUGUGGUAGCACAUGCCGACGUGGAGCUGGGAACCCUGAACUGGGCCUUGACCGAGGAGUCCUUGAAGAAGAUACAGCUGCCGUACGCCGAGGAAGUCCCGCUGUCGGUACAGCUCGUGUCCUUCACGUGCGGCGGCUUCGCCGUUGUUUGGGGGACACACCACCUGAUCGGCGAUGGGCACUUUGGGGCGAUGCUCGUAAAGAUGGGGUCCGAGGUUGUGCGGUCGGGUACCAUCACCAGAGACGCCCCGACGCACGAUCGCUCGGUGCUCUUUCGCCCACGGAACCCGCUGUCGUACAGCGCCUCGGUCGCCGGGAUGUUCACGCCGUGGGACCACGAGCACCAGGUGAACGCCCUGACCGCCGAGGAGAGCUUCAUCUGCCGCCUCUACCGCGUCGACGGGCACGACAUCGCAAGACUUCGUGAGGCCGCGAGCACCGAGGGCCGGCGCGCCACGCGCGUCCAGGCGGUGUCGGCGUACCUGUGGAAUGUAUUCGCGGGCGUGGUGGCAGCGUCGACGCGGCCGACAGAGACUGAUCCACGCUGCCGCAUGCUAUGGUGGGUGGACGGGAGGCGGCGGCUCUCCCCGCCGCCGGAGCUCCGUUCACGGCUGCGCAGCUACACGGGCAACGUGAUGUCCUACGCUCAGGUGGACGCAUCCGCUCACACGGUCCUGGCCGAGUCGCUGCCUAACGUGGCGACAAUGGUGCGUGAGGCCAUCGCGGCGAGGAACUACGAUGAGAUGUACCAGGAUCUCGUGGACUGGGUGGAGGAGCAGAAGCCAGCGAGGCUGAUCGAGACACCAACCGUGGGCCUCGGCAGCCCCACUGUUGCCCAGACGAUGGUGUCCAGCUCGUUCCCGAUCGACGCCGACUUCGGCUUCGGCCAGGCCGCGCUGGUCAUGCCGGUGGAGUCGAGCUUCGGGAGGCUUUGCGCGUCCCUGCUAUCCAUAUGCGCACGGCCAGGAGACACCGAGUCGUGGAUCGUCAGCGCGUACAUAUGGCCCUGCCUCGCCGCGGCGCUCGAGUCUGAGGAGCAGCGCGUGUUCAAGCCCCUCACGGCGGAGUACCUUGGUCUCACCCGUGGUAACCAUGAGCCUGCUGAUGAAGCCAGACCUCGUCUCUGA